UUAAUGGCUUUUCAAAAUUUGGACUCUUAUCUGUGUUAUUUUGUACAACAGGUGAGUGGGCGGAGGAAUCUGAAUGUCUUAUAGAUAAUUCAGACCUCAUUUUCUUCACAAGAAAGACCCCACAUUUUCUCCAUCAUCAUUUUAAACCGGCUUCCUUGUUUCACAUGCCGAUAGCUUUCUUAUCCUCAUCAUCCCAUAGAAUAAUUCUGAAGAAGCCUUUCUAUAAGUAUCAUCAAGUUCUGGUGAUUUAGCAGCUCCACAAAGCUUCCUGCUUUGCAUUCUCUGUGUUCUUGAUAUAUAAUUUGUAAUCAAGAUGUUGGCUAUAUUUAAUAGCAAAGUGGCAGAAGGGCCAGAAGAAAUGAGGAUGAGCAGUCCAGACAUCAAGAAGUCUUCAUAUGAUCUCUUCAACUCUUUUCAGGACGCCUUUCCACAUGCUCUCUCUUUAAAGAUGGAGGAUAUUGCAUACAUGGCCUAUACAAAAGAUACUCAGUCAUUUCUCCGCCCCAGGUCAUUUGCAGUUAAGGAUGACUGUUUCUGCUUAUUUGAAGGCAACCUAGAGAAUCUUCCAAGCUUGAGACAGCAUUAUGGGCUCUCAAAAUCUGUAAAUGAGGUUUUACUGGUUAUAGAUGCUUACAGGACACUCAGAGACCGUGCUCCAUACCCUGCAACUAAAGUGGUUGGACACUUAGAGGGUCAAUUUGCCUUUGUUAUUUUUGACAGAACUACCCAAACUGUAUUUGUUGCUACUGACUCUGAGGGAAAAGUUCCCUUAUACUGGGGUAUCACUGCAGACGGUUAUCUUGCAUUCUCAGAUACUGCAGAGGUGUUGAAGGAAGCUUGUGGAAGGUCCCUGGCAUCCUUCCCUCAAGGUUGUUUAUUUUCGAGUAAUUUAGGCUUGAGAAGCCAUCAAGAUCCAAGCCAAAUGGUGAAGGUCACUCCCACAAUGGAUAAUGAGAUGUGUAGCACUACCAUUAAGGUUGAAGGAGAAAGCCACAUCCCUACUCCCAUCAUGUGAAAAAUACCAUUUUGGAACAAAAAUACGUAUAACAUGAGAGGAUAAAAAUCCAUGGUUAAUUUGUUUUAGGAAUCUUAUAUGGGUUUAUAGGCUCCAUGUGUAUUUGAGUGAGAAACUUUAGAAUUCCAACUUACUUAUAGACGCUUGUAGCAUGGGUGUUAAAACCAUAGCUUAAAUGCUUGUAUUUUUAAUAUGCCUUUUUAUUAAUUUUCCAUCAAAUUGAGUUCUA